AUGCGCGGCAGGCUCCAUCAUGUUGUUGAAGUCGAUGAUGUGAGCACUGCACGCGCAGACCAGGCGUACGUGUUUGCGAACAGGCCAAGUCAGGACCACACUACUGCAUUUCGCUCAGUUGAGCGUCUUUGCCAGCAUGCGGAGCGCCAGGGGACACAUGCUUGGCAGCAGGCCAUGCCUGAGCUUCAAGAGUUUCAACGGAAUUUUCCGAAGGACCCGCAGGCUUGGGUUGCUCUGGCGCGAGCGCGCUUAGCCACUGGAGCGAAGCGUGAUGCCUUCCGCGCCGUGCAAGAGGCUUUAAGCCUGAAGGAAGAUAUUGACCUCGGCCUGUCGCUGAACGUGCUUGCUGCACAAGGAUAUUCAGACACCCACAAGUGGCCUCUGGUUAUCAAGCACGCCGAGGCGGCCUUGGCCUUGCGUCCGAGCGAUGCCGAGACCCGCAUCUUGCUUCUGCGCGCCCUGGUCUCCAACAAGGAGGGCAAGUCCGCGAAGGCUCAGGAGACUGUCCGAUUGCUGAUGCAAGCCGAUCGGUUACGCGGUAUCUCGCUUCUGAGAGAAGUUGCGGAGUCCAGCAGAUCUGCAGCUGACAAGCAUUACUGGCUGUCCGCGGCCCUAGCUGGAGCACGGGCUGGCGGGUCGCCACCGCAGCGGCAGCUGCUUCGGGACUUGGCUGAGGCCAGUCUCGUCUUGGACCGCAGGGAGGAUGCUUUGAAGCUGUUCGAAGAGGCAUUUUACCAUCCGGAGGGCCUUGCAGACGAAGACACCGCGAAGUCUCUCGCCCAGAUGUACCUUCGGAAUCAGCGGUCGAAGGAAGCUAUGGAGGUCUACCGUGUAGCUUUGCAGUCCUUUCCGGGCAGCGCUGUUCUUGUCCGUAGCUACGGCCAGCUGCUUCUGAAGGAAAAACGCACUGCCGAAGCAAUCGGGGCCAUCAGCAGAGGAGCCAAGCUGGCACCAGCAGUGGAGGCUUCCUCGCUGCACCAGCUUCUCGCCGAGCUCCAUCAGAGCCUGGGCCAGACCGGCGAAGCUCUUAUCGCUUGGGAAGCAGCGGCUUCUCUGAAUCCAGAAAGCCCGGUGGCCUGGCGGGGCCUGGCCGCUGCAGCUCGCCAGGACGUCCCUUUGCAGCUCCGUGCUUUGCGGAAGUUGGCACAGCUGGAGCCAGGCAACGCUGAGUGGCAUGCGCAGCUCGCGGCCAAAAAACUGGCAACGACUCAUGCGUCGGGCGAUGCUGAGGCGACUAAAGAGGUGGAGGCUGACUUGGACCGCGCACUGCGGCUUUGUCCAAGCAACGCCUUGGCUUUGGAACAGAAGGCACUGAUGAUGGAAAGGGCCGGGAAGGAUGCACAGGCACUUGACUUCAUCGAGGUUGCUGCCAAAGAGAACAGAACAUCCAAGGAAGUCUUGGAGGCUGCAGCAACGGCUCGAUGGAAGCGUGGACACUUUCCGGAGGCAGUUAUCUGGUAUCAGGAGCUGGAACACUUGGACUCAGAGAAUUGCCUUUGGCCCACUCGAUUGGCCCAGGCAGCAUUGCGUCAAGGCCAAGUGGCGAAAGCGCAGGCCUGGCUGGUCUCAGCCGGCGAGAGGCUGAAACGUGCCGAGAAGGCGCUGGAUCAACCAAAGCCACCAGUCGUGGCUGAAGUUCGCAGCUGGCUGGGCUACGGACAUCUCUUGCAGGACAAUGCAAAGGCUGCCCUCGAGACGCUGCAGAAGGUCCCUUCAGGUUUGGGAAGCGCCUCUGCUUUUAUCUUUGAGGCGCUGGCCCGAAGGCAGCAGGGUGAGGACACUGCUGCCGCCCUGCGGGCGGCCCAAAAAGCUGAGCCCAGGCUGGCCGAGGUGAUGUACGAAAUGCUGCCUGCCCUGCCAAGCAGGUUUAUGCAGCACGUGGAAGCCCUUCUGAUGCAGCUUAAGGCUCUUCCGUCAGAAGCUGGCUAUCCCAGGACCCUCGACGAGUAUGCUAAGGGCCGACCCGUGGAGGUUUACAGCAAGAGUGGAGGCCGCUGGUUCCCAGGCGAAAUUGUGCAGGCCAAGGACGAGAUGGUAAAGGUUAGAUACCUCGUCGAGUCAAAAGAUCCAAACGCGGAGCGGCAGUGGUGCGAGAAGCUGCUGCUUUGCAGCUCUGACUCCUUGCGGCCUGCGCCGCCGAAGGGAGAAGCACCGGCGAUGAAGGUGCUAGAGCCUGCGCCGUCUGCAGCGCCUGCCCCGAAGGGCAUCGACGUGGAAGCUGCCAUACAUAGGCAGACAGUGCAAUCGGUGCAGCGCGCGCCAACACCAGCACUUGGAAGCAAGAAAGAGGUUGAAGAAGAACCUCGUAAAGUUAUGUUGAACCCAGACGACCUCCAGGUCGGAAAGGUGCUGGGCUCUGGCGGCUUUGGGGCCGUCUACCGGGGCACCUACCUUGGCCAGGAGGUAGCCAUAAAGAAGCUGCACCUGAUCGAUGGUCAGGUGACUCCUGAGCAGAAGCAGGAAUUCAAGAAGGAGGUCGAGAACCUUUCUAGAUUGCGACAUCCACGCCUCGUUAGCCUCAUCGGUGCGGCCCUUGUCGCACCCUCGCUAAUGAUAGUCACAGAGUUCAUGCCCAACGGGUCUUUGUACGAGGCUUUGCAUCAGCGGAAGCUAGCACUGGAGCUUGAGAAGCGGUUCAAGAUCGCUACGCAGGUCUCCGAGGGAGUGAGUUUCCUUCACAGCAAGCAGCCGACGCCUUUUGUGCACCGUGACUUGAAGAGCAUGAACGUCGUCAUGGAUUUCGAGCUCAAUGCCAAGCUCUGCGAUUUCGGACUGACUCAGUCCAUGGAGAAGACCCACAUAAGUCGGAGGGACAACGAAGGUGGAUCUCCACGGUACAUGGCUCCAGAGCUGUUCGACUCUCGGGGCAAGAUCACAGAGAAGGUGGACAUUUGGGCACUCGGGUGCUUGAUCGUUGAGGUCAUCUCCAGCCGAUUGCCCCACGAGGAAUGUACGUCCAUCCAACAGGUGAUGACGAAGACUCUGGUUCAGAAGCAGCUCCCCUUCACAGACUGGCGCGGCGUGAGUUUGGACAUUCAGCGACUUGCUGAGCUUUGCUUUGUCUUUCCCCCGGACGGACGCACCAAUGCGCGACAUCUUCUGGAGGGUCUGAAUAGAUUGACGCGAAACUGA